AGUCGGGCCGUGCGCAGCGCUGCUCGCGUGGCGGCACCGCUGAGCGGGGAUCCCACAAGACAGCGCCUUCAGUCCCGCGAACGCAGCCCGCCACACCGUUCACCGGCUUUAAAAAAUAACUCCCUCCUUCCGCUCUCGUGCACCGCUGGGAUUAGAGCCGCACUCGCUCGAAUUUCAACCCGACGCAACAGUUUAGUGCGAUAAAGAUUAAGUGCUUUUCGAGGUCUCCGUCCGCGUGCGAAACAUUCUCAGUCGUUAGGUAUUUUUUUCGGUCCGGGGAUGCUUUUUUUCGCUAUCGUUCGUACUUGCUGAACCUCACGUUACGUCACGGAGAUUACGUACUUGUUUGUUAGAGCGUGAAAGGAUUACGCUUUGAGUGGUUUUUUACGCGAGGUCGCAUCCAAAAAGUGUGGGCUUUUGUACCCUCCUAUCUUGUGUGCGUUUCAUAAAAUAUAGAUGUUGAUUAGAAAGUUACAACUGCUCCCUUAAAGUUCUUUUUGACGAUGUAGUACAUUUUGGGGGUGAAAAAGAGCGAUCAACAAACAACGAUCGUUUCAAAAUUUUUUGAUUUGUGCUCCUAAACCGGUUCGGAACGGUCUUCGAUAACUCUCUGUGCGGUUAGUUAUUUCCAGUGAAUCCUCGUACGGAAAAGCAUAAUUGAGGGUGUCAAAAACAGGGUCCAUUUGCACUCUCCUGGCACACAUUGGAUCGAGUCAAUAAGCAAGGAGCAAACGUGACAUCGUGGCCCUAAGUUUGCAAGAUAAUUCACGCCCUCGCCUCUGAGCCAGUAUGGAGUGCAGGACGGUUCUAAUGAGACGGAAAAUCGAAGGGGUCAAGAGCCUCCACUUAAAUGAAGGAGCAGCCGCGAGAGGGCGUAGGGGAUGCAAAAAUAUUGUGGUCUGCGGAUGAGAUCCUGAAGGUGACGCACGGGAAGUGUCAACUUCCUCAUUCUUCUAUCUCUCUUCGUCUUGACAAUAAGUUCUGCAAGAAAAUGGUGUGACAUGUCGGAUGCCUACUCAAAACAUGAUGCCUUUUGGUUAAUGAUUGGCCAUUUCUAUUAUGGUAUUGUGGGCUACGCUGCUGAUAUUACAUGGCGCUAGUUUGGCUGGUUCUAUGCCAGCCUCAGGAGCUCCGGAAAACGUAACAAUUGUGUUCCUCAGCCCCACUUCCGUCCGUAUCUCUUGGACCAUCACACUGGACAAAGUCGACAAGUAUGACGUCACAUACAAACCAACCGACGCCAGUUACAGGGUGGUCGUAGUGGUAGCUGCCAACUGCGAGUCCGUCCAGCUAACCGGGCUCAUUCCCAACACACAGUACACUUUGUCAGUUGCGGCAUUUCGCGCCAGCAAAAAGUAUCGUAGCAGUCCUGUGGUUUUCAAAACCCUGGAGCUACAACCGAGGAAUCAUUCAGGAGGCCCUUUUACAAGUGGAGGGCCUCCUGUCGUCUUCAUAGGCCCUGGGAGGUCACAAAAUUUCACAGGUCCACCUUUUCCCCCGACUUCAUUUCCACAGGUGCGUGGAAUUGAGGUCGGGAUCGUCCUGAUGGUGCUAUUAGUAUGGGUCGGUGCGAUCAUCCUGUUUUUCAACCGAUGGGGCAAAAUCCGGAUGUUACUGCCCUAUCAACCGGACUACAAAGAUACUCAGCUCAAAGUCCCUGGGACGGGGGCUUGCGCCAGCUCCAGCACUUGCCAAAAUCAAGUAACUUCCGGUUUUUGCUGCUCACAGCAGCACCUGCACCAGUGCGGUCUAGAGGAGGAUUGGCUGGCGCGUCGCCGGAGCUACCUGCCCCAGCUCCCGCGCUCCAGAAUCAACUCGGCCAUCUACCUCCGACCGACCUUCGGCGACUUCACCAGCGAACAUAACCUCAAUUCCCUGGAGCCCUCCAACCUCCGCAAGGCCCAGAGCGCCGACUUCCUCCCCACGCGGGUCCACAGCUACGCCUGGCGCCAGGAGCACCAACUCCCCAUCGUCUCCGUGUCCAUCGCCUCCGACUCGGAGCCGGCCAAUCAGGAGCCCGGAGAUGAGAGCCUCAAGAAAAGGCCGCCGCAGGAGGAGGCCGCGGAGCCGGACGACCGGGAGCCAAUCAUAAGAGAGAAUGUCUCUUAGAGACCUUGAAUUUCUGUCACAAGCAAUGUAUUUGGACGAGGAGAUGCACUGGAAAAAAAACACAUUGGAUCUAGAGUCUAGACUCUUGAAAACAUUGACAAGAAAAAGGACUCUUGAUUCAAUCAGAUUUAAGCUCAAACCAAGAACCCAGCCUCUUAAUUUGAGCGGAUUUCCUUUUGAUUUAAGCUUAAAUUUAAUUGAAUCAAGAGUAUUUUUUCUUGCCAAUGUUUUCAAGGGCUGCGUAUCGUUUCCACACAAUUUCAUUACCACACAGUUUUGGUGACUUUCAUUACCACACACUUUCAUUUCCACACACUUUCCAAUAAUGCACUAUUUGGCAACUGUGUACGAUGAAAAUGAGAAAUGUUUACUUUUAUUUGGGAGCAGAUCUUCGCGAGCCGAUAGGCAUGCGCGUAUUUCGAAAUGGUUUUUAUAUUUUGGUAUAAUUGGGCGAGAUUAAAAAAUUGCAUAGCUUCAAAAAUAACGACAAUGGCGAUCAAAUAGCUUGCGAAGAUGAUCCAGAUGUUCCUUCUUCUUCUUCUCUGCCCUAAUUCUGAGCUGGUGAGUACUUUUUGCCCUUAUAAAUUUUUGUUUUACUUAUUUUUAUAACUUGUGCCGGUAUUUCUUUUCUAUAUUCUCGCAGCGCGCUACAAGAUGUUGCCAAAUGGUGCAGAAGAAUAAACUGUGUGGUAAUGAAAGUGUGUGGAAAUGAAAAACGUAAAAUUGUGUGGUAAUGAAAUCGGGCGGAAAUAUGUGUGGAAAUGAAGUGCAGCGUUUUCAAGAGUCUGGACUCCAGAUCCAAUGUGUUUUUUUUUUCAGUGUGGCCAUUCUGCCGUGCUAAGGAAGAACGCCGUAUGAGCCUUUAGGCGUUGCCAUAUCCCCUUCAA